AUGGUGUCCAAGGCCGCCAUUAACCGGCUGAUUGCCACGUCUGCUGAUUUCGAUCUUACCGGGCUGCAAAUUAUCGGGUACUACUUGAGGCUGUACGCUAUAAAGGUGAUCCUGGGCGAUGAAGUGAGCACAGCGGAAUUUAUGGACCAAUUGUCGGAGCUGAUGAGGACUGUGGAGGAUUACAAGAGCUCGGUCGAGUCUGCUGAAGGAUCGCAGGCUGAAAGCUCUGUCUACACCUUGAUACGCGACCAGGAAAAGGCUAAGACAUACAUCCUGAACUUCGCCAUGUCGCUAUACAACGGGAAGCUGAAGCAGAUCCAGAGUGGACCGUGGGACUACACGCUGCAGCGGGGCCUGUGGUGCUGUAUCGACUUGUUUUCGUGCAUCCUGAACCUGUGGGAGGACGGGGAUGGCUCGCUGCAGAGGCGGAUAAAGUACUGCAAGGUAUAUCUGACGAAACUGGCUAAGGGAGAGAUGGGAGACACCGCGAACCAGGACGCGCCAGCUGGCGGCCUUGCACCAGUGGCCGAUUCACCUGUACAGGAGCCCGAAGACGGUUCAUCCGACGACGAGAUCAGUGCGAUGCUCAGGAGGCUGAGAACAGCAGAAAAGGACGGGUCAGACAACGGAGAAGGGACGUCUACGGCAGACAUAUCGCUGCCCGAAGCACCGGGCACGAGGCCUGGUCGCGGCGAUCGCAACGACGAGCCCGCAAUUGGUGAAGAGCCCAAGUUUAUCGAUUCUGAAGCAGAAGAGGAAAAAGUGCCGGAUGUAGUGCCCGAGAAGCAGCGCAAAGAAGCCGCCAGCGAGAAUCGCAGGUUCACGCAGGACCAGCUGCGGUCCAUGAUGGAAAAGUCCACCCAAAUAGAGAAGGCGCAAAAGAUGGCCAAGUACGCGAUCAGCGCCCUGAACUACGACGACAUCCCUACAGCUCGAGACGAGCUACUCAACGCGUUGGAAAUACUGAACGCUUUGCAGUAA